AUGGCUGUGCGUGAAUUCCAAUACGCGGACGUUGAAAAUCAAGAUCAUAAUUUUUCAGUCACUGUUAUUCCUUGUUUAACGACAAUUAAAUGGUCGCUCGUAUAUAAAAAUUUUGAAGAAGUAAAAAAAUUGAAUUACACGUCCCUUUUGGAAAACAUAAGUGAGAAAAAUGUAAGCGAAAUAUAUGAAACAUCAUCAUCAUCAUCAUUGAAAACGGUCACGGUGACAAAAGCGAAAAAGGGAUAUUAUUACGUCAUUUUUUAUCCCGGAGAAGAAGACGGAUCGGCGAGCGUUUACGUCACAAUGGAUGACGGUGGUCCAUACGAAUUAUCAAUCGUACAAAAUUCAAAUAUUAUUUUAACACCACAAAGGCGGCAAAAAUUAAAAGUCACGUGGGAUCAAAGUUUGGUGAAUCCGCAAAACACGAGUUAUUGUUUGGUCGUGAAUACGAAAAAGGAAUACACGUCGUUAUGCGGAGCAGAAGAAGAAGGACCGACGUUGAAAGGUUUCGACGUACCCGUAAUAGUUAAUUUAAAUAAUUUAAGGAUAGAAAAAAAACCUGAAAAUGUAAAAUACGUUAAAUUAAAUCGGAGUAUGAAACAUAACAACGACACGGUGGUCGUUUGCGUGGAUAGAAAAAUGCAAUUGACGUUUACGAGAAUGAAAAAAGGAAUUAAAUAUUAUUUUAAUUUAUUUGCAAUUAAUAAUAAAACGAAUUUAACGAUACCAUAUGGUAAAUCGUACAUCGAAUAUAAUUACACGAUAAAACCCGUCGUUUUAAAAGAUGGUAUUAAAAAAUUAAUCGAUUUAAGAAAAUUAGAAGGGAGAGCUUUGUUUAGAUAUAAGGCGAACGAUACGGGAAAAGAAUUACAUUUUUACGUACUUGCAUGCGGCGGAGCAGUAGACGUUGAAGUAAAAGUAAAAAAAUCUCAGAGAAAAAGAUGGAAAAAAGGAAAAGAAUUAACAGCAGCAGCAACAACAACGACAACAACAACAACAACAACGGAUCGUUUACCCAAACAAACUCGAGUUUUCGGUUAUAAAAGAUUUAGAAUAAAUUCACCGAUUGCGGGAGAACAAUUUUAUUUGAAAAUAAACGCGCCGAAUAUAGACGAAUUGACGAGGAUAAAAUACGUCGAGGUGUUUAUGACGAUGUAUCCGACGCAAAAAUAUCCGUUGCCUCAACUUCCGGAAGAACCCAAUUUAUACGAAUUUAAAAGUCAAAAAACUUGCAAUUCCGUCACAAUCGGUUGGAUACCCGUUUACGACACUUCCGUCAACACGUAUUGCGUCACAGUUUGGGAAAAUGGAAAAUUUAAUUAUGCGGAUUUGUUCAGGGGUUAUUAUCAGUGUAAUUUAGACGAAGUGCCAAAGAAAAAAUCAUUUUUUUUCUAUAAAAAAAAUUCAUCGUCUUCGACUUCGAGAGUUUGCGAAGAUAUGAUUACGAAAACAGAAGACUUAAAACCGAAAACAAGUUAUACAAUACAAGUAACGGUUAAGAAGAAAAAUGGAAGGACUUUAUCAUAUAAAUUUUUAAAAGUGAACACAAAACAUUCUUGCGAUUAUAAUUAA